CUGCCGCGUGCUCGAACUGUGCCAGUCCGCUAAACUAAAGCCGCUGCCUGUUGCCAUAGCGACAAGACCCGGAAAUACACCGUGAUCAGCUUACUACGUGUUUAUCAGAGGUAGAUAUGUCGGAGCCCGAGGAGCUGCCGCAGAGAGAACAGCGAGAGAGCACGAAGAAGAAGAAGAAAACGAGGCGGAGUGGGAAAAAGAAGAAGGAGCAGCGGGAAGGAGAGGAGCAGGUGGAGUUUGAGCAGGAGGUGCAGAGUGUCAGUGAGUGCGUUGUGCUGCACGGGAUCUUCAAACUGGGCAAGAAGAGUCACGACGUCCUGCUCACCCGAACCAAACUGACCUGGACGCCUAUCAUCCCGGAGAACCCCACAGGUGAGACUGGUGUCCCACAGUCAGGUGAGGUGCUGCUGCAAGACAUAUUUGCAGUGAAGGUGAAGCGGAGGCGAGCUGCGGGCCAGGAGUCAGGGGGACCCGUGCUUGGUGUGGCUCUCUUCUGGUGUAGGAGGAAAGGGAGAAGGCUGGAGGAGGACACACUGCACCUCCACAAUGCCUCCUCAGAACACACACACACCUGGUACAACACCCUGAAGGAGCUGCUCACAGGGUUCAGCAGCCGUCCUACAAAUCUGAAGGUCUUCAUCAACCCUAGCAGCCACAAGAAGGAGGCCGUUCACAUCUACAGAGACCACGUGGCUCCUCUAUUCAAGAUGGCUGACAUCCGAACCGACAUCACCGUAACAGAGAGGAAGGGUCAUGCUCUCUCAGUGAUAAAGGAAUGCAAACUGGAUGAAUAUGAUGGGGUGGUGUGCGUCGGUGGAGAUGGUUCAGUUGCAGAGCUGUGUCAUGCUUUGGUCCUCAGAGCCCAGCUGGAUGCAGAUUCCCCAGAAAAACCAGUGAGAGCUGCACUGCCACUGGGAAUCAUCCCAGCUGGUUCCACAGAUGUGGUUUCCUGUUCUGUUCAUGGAGUCAGAGAUCCAGUCACUGCUGCCCUCCACAUCGUCUUGGGUCACCUGCAGCAGGUGGACAUGUGCAGCUUCUCGUCUCAUGGCCAGUUGGUGUGCUUCGGUUUCUCUGCCAUGUUUGGCUUUGGAGGGCGGAGUUUAGCGAGGGCAGAAAAGAAGAGAUGGAUGCCAUCGUCACGGCGGCGAGAGUAUGCUCUGGUUAAGACGCUGGCUAGGCUGAGACCGGAGGACUGUCAGCUCUCCUUUUUAUCAGCAAGGAAGUCAAACAGCAAUUUGUUUGUACAGCGAGAUAAGGACCAGGACCAAGACCAGGACCCAGAGUCCGAGGGGGAGGAGUCCUGGGUGACCAAUCAGGGCCUGUAUCUGAGCAUCAGCAUCAUGUCUAUCCCUUGCCUGAGUCCACACGCACCUCAAGGACUAGCUCCAAACACCAGUUUGGCAAAUGGGAGUGCAGCGCUGAUUGCGGUCGGAAACACCUCCAGGUCCGAGUUUAUUAAACACCUAAAGAGAUACAGCAGCUCUACUGGACAGUUCAACUUCUCCUUCGUGGAGACGCAUGCUGUGUCAGCAGUGAAGAUCCGCCCCUGCUCACUGAUUGGCUGUUCUGAGGAUGAGAGUGAAGAGGAGGGUGACUUGAAAACCACACCCUUCAUCCACGCAGAAGGAACAACCUUCCCCUGGAACAUCGACGGAGAGCUGGUGGAAAUUGCCAAUGAAGUGCUCAUCAGAGUCCACCCAAGACUCAUCACUCUGUACGGCGAGGAGGUGGAAGAGGCCGAGUCGUCUGUCUCCUGCAGCUGCAUCUGAGAACAACAAGGGGGCGCUGCUCUGUGUGACACUCACCACGGUAACCAAAAUGACUCAACAGUGCUCUUUGUACAGACUCUGAACUCACAAUUUGAAACUUUGGUCGUCCGGCCAUGAUUUUAACGAUAUAUUCAUAGAGGAAAAAUAAAUGAAAUAAAAAAAGCUCCUUUACUUUAAAGCUGUAUUAAUUUUAUAUUCUUUUUAUCAAAGUAUAAUGUGAAUGUUUUGUAAGUUUUAUUCAUGUAUCAGCUGCAGAACUGACCAAUGCACAUAAAACUGGUUUAAUGUUUACAAUUUACUACAGUUUCAUUACCCAUUUCUCUCAGAUCAUGUGACUUUAAUUUCAUAUGUUGCUUUUUUUCAUUCAGUUUUUGUUUCUGUGGCAGAGAACAAACUUGUUUAAUUUGUGUUCAAAAUCCAGUUUAUUUCACUUCCCAAAGGGUUCAUGUUUGAAUAAAGGUAUUAAUAGGUGACUUUUCUAUCUGUGCAGACGAUGGUGAAGCAAAAACAGACCUGAUGUAUGCAUGUAGAUUCUCAUUUUGACUCAAAUCAUACUGCGACUGGAAUAAAGUAUAAAAAUCAA